CCUUCUCAAAAGACUUUCAUCACCAAGGUUAAGCUUGGCAAGGCCAAGAAGCAAAACCGUCCUUUGCCUCACUGGUUCCGUCUUAAGACUGACACCAAGAUUCGUUGGAACGCCAAGAGACGUAACUGGCGUCACACCAAGUUGAACAUUUAA